CAAGAACUGAUCACCUCGGUCUUUACCAUUUCUCUUUUUGUCAUUAUUAACUCCAUCACCUUCUUUACAAAUCAGAAAAGAUUAGUUUGCUAUGGCAGGUGUCAAUAAUAACCAUGGGAAAGAACCUCUUCCUGAAAUUCCAGUGCCGAUUCUAAAUGACCCGAGACCAGCCCCUGACAGAGACCAAGUUGUGUCUGCUUUCAAGACAUUAGAACCUACACGCGAUUUCUCUUCCAUGAGGAAAUCGCCUUGUGCAAAAGAAUCAUUUGUUGACGGAAUAGCUGUGGGCUUUGGCGUCGGACUACUUAAAACCAUGAAGUCUGGAUUCGGAAAGAGUGCAGCUAAUUGGGGAUUUGGUGCCUUCGUACUUAUGACUAUUGGUACUUGGGAAUAUUGCCAUUAUAAGAUUCAUCAAAGAAGACAGCUGAUGGCCACCGGUCAAAUGCCUGUUGUAAGCACGGUUGAUCUCGAUGCAGCGAAACGACGCGAGGCUAUCGCGGCACGACAGAAAGAUGUAUAGAACAAUAGAGAGGAAGUGAAAUAAUACUAAUAAACAUAGCAUUUGAGCUCAUUACUCAAGGCACAAUGUGG